AUCUCUAGGGCUUUGCGGCAUUGGGCAAAAAUUUUUGCGAAAAUCAGUAAGUUUACGGGAAAAGCUACUCUGAUGGUUAAUUUUCACAAGAUAGUACAGUAAUUGCUGCAGGCAGAGCCACGAGACAAGCGCGCAGUAUCCAGGACUUCCCGGCUGGGCGAUUUUGGCGAUCCAGCACUGCUGUUGCAACUGUGCAUAUUGAUACGGCAGUCAGCCGAUGUGUCAAUGUUAAUCGCGCUUUUUGCGCUCGCACACUUGCCAAUCUUUCGUAAGACGCCGCCGCCCCCGACUGAGCCCCCGUCGCCAAGGUGUGGCAGAGCAGAGAAACCGAAACCACAGCCAGCAGUUGUCCGUAUUCGCGCACCGGCAAUCGACGCAGCAGCAGCGGUCAGGAUGAGCAGCACCACCGACCAGGACAAGCUACCGAUAGCUGCCAAUGGCAAAUUGACGGAGCCCAAGGAAGUGGAAAUAAUAAACUUCCUGCCGCACGAGAGGCAGUGCUGUAGGGUCAUCAAGACCAACCAUACCAGGGUCCUGGCCUCCGGCGGAGUUCACAACCGUGGCUCCUCCAAGGUCAAGCUAAAGAACGUUGUCGACUACAAGUGGGAGCGCAAGUACUACUACCCCGGCCACCUGGUGGCCGUCCAUCGCGAUGGCAAGCAUCUGGCAUAUGCCAUUAAUGUCAACAACAAAGCCACCGGCAUGGAGGGAAUGGUUCGUGUUUGCAACAUCAGCACCAGCAUGCGGGCUUUAAUUAAGGGUAUGAGCGGCGAGGUGUUGGACCUCCAGUUCGCCCACACGGACCGCGAGCGUAUUCUGGCCGUGAUCGAUGUCAGCUCGCUCUUUGUCUACAAAGUCGAUCUAAUCGAAGGCAAUUUAGUGUGCAAUCUCGUGCUGAAGGUGGAGGACCCCAUCGCCAACUAUGUGCCGGAGUACGAUAUGGUCUCCUGGUGUCCCUUUGUCUGUCCCGGCAGCUCCACUGUCUCGCCGAUCAAUGAGGAGGAUGAUGAGAAUCAGCUGCUCAUUUGGUCGCGCAGCUCGCAGUUUCAGUGCUUCCACGUUAAGAUGAUUGUCUCUGAACACGGGCGCGGAAAGAUUCAGCCGGCUGCUCUGGAAACGGGCUACUUGAAAAUAGAAGAGGAGUCACUAAUCACCUGCGCUGCUCUAUCGCCCGAUGGCACCACAGUGGCUGCCGCCUGCGCUGAUGGUCUGGUUCGAUUCUAUCAAAUCUAUUUGUUCGACGUCCGCAACCAUCGCUGCCUGCACGAGUGGAAGCCGCAUGAUGGCAAGAAGGUCUGCUCUCUGUUUUUCCUGGACAACAUCAACAAGCCGGUGGAGGACUCCUACUGGCAGCACGUGAUAACCACCAGCGAUGCCAAUACCGAGAUCAAGCUGUGGAACUGCUCCCUGUGGGAGUGCCUGCAGACUAUCAACGUUAUGGCCACUGUUCCGCCGCAGCCCACCAAUUUCAUCGCUGGAAUCGAUCGCAGUGCCAACUACUUGGUGCUGUCCAGCUUGGACUCCCUGGCCGUCUAUGUAAUGCAAAUCGGCAACGUCGGAUCUCAAGCUGGAGCUAGCGAUAGCGAUGGGGAAGAGACUGGCAUACGCAUUCAGAAUAUUGCUGAAUUCAAGCUCAGCUCCGGCAUCCUCUCGUUCUCCAUUGUGAACGCCACGGUGCGGCAGCUGAAGAGCUCCAUCGAGAGCUACUACCCCUUCGAGGAGUCCGAUGACUUUGACGACGACAGCAACCAGACUAGUGCUUUGGUGCUCCAUAUGUUCGUUGUGCAGGCCAAGAGCCUCCAGGAGUGCCAGAUCAUUUACCAACCCUGCGUUGCUGUGACCGAGAAGUCUGAGCGCCGUAGCCUGAAUACCAGCAAGCGGUCCCAGAGCCCGGAGAAUAACUUGCGGAUUAAACAAGAGCCGGAAUCCCCGGGCAACGCAUCGGCGGGCACUGUCCAGCUGGAGGCUUUGUUUGCCAAAUCCGCCAAGAGGUCCUCGACGGGGAGCUCUUCCGCCAUUGUGGCUGUGGCGGCGGCAGCAGCGGCUGCUCCGUCGGCCAUUUUGCAGGACGUCAGCAAGGAUGCCAUCAAGUCAGAGUCUCCGAAAUUCGGUAGCACCUACCCGCAAGUGAAUCUUAUGACCCCGGAUGCCUUUAGUGCUAGCGGGACAUCGACAUCAACGGCUGUGGUGGUGGCCACCAGCACCACAACCACCACUGGCACAGAUAGCUCGGCAGUCGGUGGCGGCGGUGGGGCGUCUGAAGCAAUUGAUUCCGCUGUUCUCAACACGCUGCGCAUGCUGGCCACGGUUACUGCGAAGACCGGAUCCGACAAUUCGAAUGCGAAUCUACUCAACCUUAUGAACAACACCCUGAUUGAGGAUCGCGAGCAGCAGAAGCUCAAGGAGAAGCUGGAUGCACGGAAGAAGUUCGUGGCAAUUGAUCGCAAUCCGGAACGCAAUGUGGCCGAGAACCUGGCCAGCGGCGGUUCGAGUCCCAGCCGCGAAGUUCAGGAGAUCAUGGCCACCCAGGAGGAUGCGGAUGCUUACGAAGCGGAGCUGGAGAAUCUAGUCGACGACGACGAUGAUGACGACGAGGAGGAAGAGCUGGCCAAUUCAUCGCCCCUGCUAGAGGGACCCGAUCCUGGUUCCUGGCCCAUUGUUAAGCUGCAAUCUCUUACCAAUUCCGCUGAGCUCCAGAAUGCCGCCCAGAUCAUGUCCCAGGCGGUGCAAAACACCAACAAUGGCAAUGUGCCGCCAACGCUGGGCGGAGGUGGUAACAAUAACAACGCCAGUGUUGCCAGCAACAGCAACAACAAUACGGCAUCCACUUUGAACACCAGCAGUAGCAGCAGCAACAACAACAACAACACCACAAAUGCUGGCGGAGCAGGCGAUUGCUCGAAUAACAAUGGAGAGAUGCAAGCCAAGAUAGAUCUGCUGUUGGAUCUAGUCAAGGCCCAGUCCAAGCAACUGAACAAACUGGAGCACGAAGUAACCAAGCUACAAAAACAGCAGCAGGUGGCGGCGGCGGUGCCAGCCACAGGCAGCAAGCCGGAUGCCUCCCUGGACCUCAAGAAUGUCAACCAGCUGGCCUACAAAAUCGAAAUGCAGCUUUCCAAGCUAAUGGAGCAGUAUCUGAAGCGCUACGAAAACGAACAUAAGAAGAAGCUCACCGAAUUUCUUGCGGCACGUGAAAGCCAGAAUCGCGAACUUCGCGACUCUGUGCUCCAGGUGCUGAAUCAGUAUGUGAUGAACCAUUUCACGGACAUCAUUGGCAAUGUCCUCAACAUGGAGCUGCAGCGACAACUGCUGCCGCGUGUCAAUGCCAAAAUGGAUCAGCUGCAGGCCCAGAUGCAGGUGGAGAUCGUGCAAAAGUUGAAUGUGUUUGACAAGACGGUGAAGGAGAAUAUUGGCCAAGUUUGCAAGAGCAAGCAAUUCCUUGAUGCCUUCGGCAAGUCGGUCUUGAUUGGUGUCCAGGCCAGCCUCCAGACCGCGUUUAUUGAAUCCAUGAGCAGCACCCUUAUUCCAGCCUACGAGAAGUCCUCGCAGAAUAUGUUCAAGCAGCUGCAUGACGCCUUCAGCGUGGGCAUUAAAGACUUCAUGGUUCAGUUCAAUACCUACCUGCAGCACAUGCCUCAGCCGCAAGCGAUGGGUGCCAAUUCCGAGGACCUAAACAACAAGCUCACCUUUCUCAAGCAGCUGCUCGAGAGCAGCCUGCACAAGCACCGCACCGAGCUUACCGACGCCAUGCUGGAGACGCAGCGGGAGGUAAAGAGCCUGGAAAUUCUGCUGGCACGCCAAGUGCAGGAAACGAUUCGUGCGGAGCUGCGCAAGCACAUGGAGACCCAGAAUAUGGCCAUGCGUUCGCAGGCAGCCACGCCGGCACCCACCUACGACCUCAGGGACAGCAUCAAACAGCUACUGCUCUCCGGACAGAUAAACAAGGCGUUCCAUCAGGCCCUGCUGGCCAACGACCUAAGUCUGGUGGAGUUCACGCUCCGGCACACGGACAGCAACCUGGCCUUUGCCCCGGAAGGCUGCAGGCUGGAGCAAAAGGUUCUGUUGUCCCUCAUCCAGCAGAUAUCCGCCGACAUGAGCAACCACAAUGAGCUUAAGCAGAGAUACCUCAAUGAGGCGCUGCUGGCCAUCAACAUGGCGGACCCCAUUACCCGCGAGCAUGCGCCCAAGGUGCUGUCCGAGCUGUACCGCAAUUGCCAGCAGUUCAUAAAGAACUGUCCCAAGAGCUCGCAGUUCAGCAACGUCCGGCUGCUGAUGAAGGCCAUCAUAACGUACCGCGACCAGCUGAAAUGAUAUCAAGAGAACUACAAUCUGGCCAGCGGCUGGUUCUGAUACUUUUCAAUCAUCUGACGCCACACAAGCCGCCCUCAAAACAGUACAGAAAUUCAAUCUUUUCUUGCGCCUUUGUUGUUUAUUUGUUUUGUGCGUGUUUUUGUAAGGCUUUAAUCUAUAUAACUUAUGUUUAUGUCGCGAUAUUUGAAAAUGUAUUAAACUAAGAAAGAUUUUCCUCCUUAUCUGCAAUAUUUUACAAUUUAACUUUCAUCUCGCCGAUCUGCAAGCAGGUCGGGCUAGCUGCCUUUUAAUUUGCGUUCCUUUUUUAUUUUCAUUUUAUAACUAUGACGCCAACUGGAAAAAAGAAGAUACAAAAACUAUAGAGACGGAGCUGUAGAAAUUAAUUUACAAAAUUAUUUCCAACACACAUAACUUUUGAUUUAACACAACAGAAAUACACAAAUUUGAUGAUUGCAAAUGCAGAGAGACUACAAGUAAAUCGUAAAUGUUAAGCUGUAAACGAAUUAAGAGAAAUUAAACUAAAACUAAAUUUAUAAAAGUAAAGAAUAAAUGUAUGUACUUGAAAGUAAACGAGAAA